AUGUUAGAAUCUUUGGCGGCCACUUUAUUGAAUAGGUUAUUGGGCUCCUAUGUGGAAAAUUUCGAUCCUGCGCAAUUGAAUGUUGGAAUAUGGAGUGGUGAUGUCAGACUGAAAAAUCUAAAGCUGAGAAAAGAUUGUCUUGAUGGGCUAAAUUUACCCAUUGACGUGAAGUUUGGUAUUUUGGGGGAGCUUAUACUAAAUGUACCAUGGUCCAGUUUGAAGAACAAGCCUGUAAAAAUUCAUGUUGAGGAUUGUUACAUAUUGUGUUCCCCAAGAGAUGCAGCCUCGUUUGAUAUUCAUGAACAAAUAGAAAGAGAACUACGCAUGAAGCUUCGCCGACUAGCUGAGUGGGAGUUGACGGAACAAGCAAAACUAUCUGUGCAAAAUUCGGGGUCCGAAAAUGACCAGAAUGAGUCUUUCAUGCAAUCCCUGAUGACGAAAGUUGUAGACAAUUUGCAAGUCACAAUCAAACAUAUCCAUAUUAGGUACGAAGAUAUGAUGACUGUAUUUUCUAAAGACCCAUGUUCUAUAGGGUUGACGUUGAAUGAGCUUUCGGCUGUUUCUACUGAUUCGAAUUGGAAACCAAGUUUUAUCUCAAUCACUCAGAGUAUCACUCAUAAGCUGUUAACUUUGAAUUCGUUGUGUUUUUACUACAAUACUAAUUCCAAGACUCUUGAUGAGGAUGAGGAUAUAAUUGAUAAUGAUAUAUUGUUUGCGAAGCUGAAAAAUUCAGUGUCUGCAGGCGCUUCCAUUCCAAACUUUCAAUAUAUUUUAAGGCCUGUCACCGGAGAAGGGCAAUUAAGUGUGAACAAACUCGGUUCUACCGACGAAAGACCGCAUAUUGAAUUGAAAAUGUUAUAUGAUGAAUUUGGCGUGGAACUAGAUGAUUCAGAAUACGCGGAUAUUUUGCAUACACUAUCUAAAAUCCAUUUAAGCCAAAAAACCCAAAAAUUCAGAAAAUUUAGGCCUGACUAUCCCGUUGAAGAAAACCCCACGGGAUGGUUGAAGUACGCAGUUUGUUGCGUUGUUGACGAAAUAAAAGAAAGGAAUAAAAUGUGGGUUUGGGAAAAUAUAAAGAAAAGAUGUAAUGAAAGAAGGGAGUAUAUCGAUUUAUGGAUCAAAAAGCUUCAGUUGAAAAAUCCAGAAGAGAAGCUUCCUGAUAAUAUUGACGAGGACCAGCUACAGCAGCUGCAUUCAGAUCUCGAUUAUGAUAGCAUAAUUUUGUUCAGAACCAUAGCGAAGAAACGUUAUUCUAAGAUGCGGUUGAAUUCUCGUGAUUCCAAGUCACCUUCUCAGCAAUCGAGUCAAAAGGGUGGCUGGUUCUCAUCUUGGUGGGGUGGUGAGAAGCAGCAAAACGAAGAUUCCAACGAUUUGAUAAUGACGAAGGAGCAAAGGCAAGAACUGUAUGAUGCCAUAGACUUCACUGAAGGGCAAGACGCAUUUAGCAACAUCUCGGUACCCAAGGACAGGGCUACUAUGAAAAUAUCAAGUUUGCUGAAAAAGGGAGCCUUUUCGAUCAAAAGAAAGGCACAAAAUACUAAGCUUACAGAUAUUAUAUUUGAGAACUGUGAAGUUGACUUUUUGCAAAGACCGGAUUCUUUCCUCGCAGCUUUCAAGCUGCAUGAAUUCAAGGUUGAGGACGGAUCAACAAACACGAUUUAUAAACAUAUCAUUAGCGUGAAGAAGCAAAAUUCCAAGAUUCCAGAAGAUGAUCCUGGUAUAUCAGAGCCUUUAUUCGAGGCAGAAUUUGAAUCCAACCCAUUGGAUGAAUCCGCUGAUUCAAAAAUAGAUGUCAAAUUGAGAGGAAUGACUAUAUUUUAUCAUGUUCAUUUUAUCAAUGAGAUUAUAAGAUUCUUCAAUCCUCCUAAGCAGCAUCUUGACACUAUUGGUGCAAUAAUAAACGCUGCAGGGGCUACUGUUGAAGGAUGGACAACCCAGACAAGAAUGGGAAUUGAAUCACUUCUUGAAGAGCACAAAACAGCGAAUGUCACUCUAGAUCUUCAAGCGCCUCUGAUUAUUGUACCUUUGGAUCCUCAUGUAUGGGAUACUCCAUGCGCAGUAAUAGAUGCGGGUCAUAUAGCUUUAGCGAGUGAUCUGGUUCCAAAAGAAGAAAUGACCAGGAUCAAAGAAAUGACACCGGAGGAAUACAGUCAGAUCGAUGAGGCACAGUUGAACAAAUUAAUGUUUGACAGGUUUCAGCUCUAUCUGCAGGACACACAGAUACUAAUUGGGCCCGAUAUCAGAACAACAAUAACAAGUUUGGAUGGCACCAAAGAGUCGUCAAUUUAUAGCAUUUUGAGCGGUCUUCUUUUGGAAGUUACUUUGGACGUUUCCAUUUUACCUAGAGCCUACAACCUUCCUAAGUUCAGGGCUUUUGCUAAUUUGCCAAAGUUGAACAUAUCGCUUAAUGACUAUCAAUAUAAGAUAGUGAUGCAACUUUUAGAGAAGUGCACGCCUUCAACUAUCGAUAUAUUUCCGGAUGAUGAGUUCAAAGAUAUAAUACAGCCCACAGACGGAACCAAUAGAAAUGAUCAACUCCAGUUGUAUAAGAACAUGAAACUCCUGAGUGGCAUGAGUUCUUCAGAGCUUGACCAAAAGUUGCUAGAUAUCCAGUUUCACAUUGAACUUGUACAAAUAUCUAUGUACAAGUGCAUAGACGACAAAUCGAUGCGUUGCAAAAAGCUUAUUGAUAUACUUGGUGGUCAAUUGAAAUUGAAUUUCAUCAAGAAGGCCAAAGAGAUGACGCUUGGGCUUAGUAUGCAUUCCCUGGAGAUUGAAGAUUUUAUUGAAAACAACACCGAUGAUCACUUAAGUCAUCUUGUGUCUUCAAGUAUUUUAAACAGCUCUGAGACAAAAGAUCUCUUCACAGUUGACUAUAGGCGAGAGCAGAGAAUCGUGAAUCAUAAGAAUCUUUUAAUUGAAGUAUUUGAUCAAAACAUUGAAAUCAAUAUGGCUCAACUGCAGUUUGUGCUCACGCCAACGUCAAUUCUCACCUUGAUGAAUUUCGCCUUGACCACCUUUACAGAUCCAGAUGCUGCAGAAAUGCCUGCUGAUGUCUUGAGACAUAAUAAAGAGAACCGAGAGGAUGCUCCACAAAAAUUGACCAUGAAUGUUCGUAUGGAGGGUAUGGUGAUACUUUUGAAUGACGAUUCGAUAAAGCUUGCUACCCUUGUUUUGUCCGCGGCGAACUUCUCAAUGGUACUGCUUCCAGAAAAGAUGAAAGUAAACAUGAAGUUGGGCGAUUUGCAAUUAACAGAUGAAACAUCACAGACUUUACCAGCAGACUCAAUUUUUAGGAAAGUCAUAUCCAUGAGUAGCAAAGAUUUAGCGGAGCUAACAUACGAAACUUUUGAUUCCUCGAAUAAUCCUCAUAAUUAUGACUCAAUCUUGAAGUAUACAACAGGCUCUAUGAACAUCAAUUUCGUGGAGCACUCCAUCAACAAGCUCGUGAACUUCUUCUAUAAAUUCCAGCGUAUGAAAACAUUGUUUGAUACCGCGAGAGAAGUCGCUUAUAAUCAGGCGCCAUCCAUCGAUUCUGUCAACAAUAUGAAAAUGGACAUCACUAUAAAGGCCCCCGUCAUUCAAUUUCCCAAGCUGAUUGAUCCACGAAUUGGCUUAUACGACUCAGUCAAAUUCUACCUCGGAGAAGUAUUCAUUCAGAAUACUUUCUCGGGGGAGCAGCUUGAGAAUAAGAUCAAUCAUAUAAAAAUGGGCCUUAGGGAUGGUGAAAUUUCCUCCAUUUUCAAUUUCAAUGACAAUAUAAAGCAGGAGUUAUAUAUUGUUGAAAAAAUGGCUCUCACCUUUGACAUUGACCACGAUCCAUUAGCGGGAAAUGGAGAGCCAGAAUUAAAAAUCCGAAGCUAUUUUGACCCCUUGCUGGUGUCAAUAACAGAAUUGCAGUUGCAUUACUUGAUUAACCUUUCAGAAAGUGCUGCGGCAGCCUUUACAAUUAGUGAGUCAAACGAUCUGGAAUUGAAUGAAGAUGUGUUAAAUGCCAACGCAUUUUUUGGUAGUAGUGAGUCCAGUCGUUCGAAUAGUGCGGUUGACGUUAAGAAAGAUGAGACCACAAAAAAUUCUGAAGGCGCUAAAUUGGACUUCCUGUUCGAAGCCCCAGAGAUUGCCGUGACUUUAUAUGCUAACACCGCAGGCGUAACGACAUUGAAUAAGCAUGGUCUCACUAAGCUAACUUUUCAAGAUAUUGCUGUUUUGGCAUCAUACAACAACGAUGGAACUGCCGAUGGGGAGUCCCAUGUUGCAUCCUUCACGGUAGAAGAUAUCAGAGAUUCGAAAGUUAAUAAGCAUACCAAAUUGAUACCCAAAGUACUGAACGAUAAUUAUCAGUUUAUGGCUGCUCUGUCGUCCAAGAAACUCGAGGAACAGAUGUUAGUCAAUCUUUCAAUAACUGUUGAUAGUCCUAGAGUUUUGCUCGCAAUGGAUUAUUUGUUUGCGUUAAAGGAUUACUUCGAGUUCGUUUUUGGUAGCAAAGCUGCCAAUAUUGUGACGCAUGUGGAUGAAACUGAGAAUAAAGAGUUCAGCAAUGCUGCAAAGAAGCAGGCAGCUGGGAAGAGUAAUUUGAGGUUUCAAUACUCUUUGAAUGUCGUCGGCGCUGCUAUUAUACUUUUGGCGGAUCCAUCAGACAUAAAUUCUGAAGCAGUGGUGUUUAAUGUAGGUCAAUUUCUGUUUUCUGAGCAAAACAUCACGUCUGUUUCGGCUAAUAACGUUGGGAUGUCUCUUUCAAGAAUCAAUUCUACUGAUGAUAGUGAAGUAGGCUUAUUGAAUGAAUUUUCAUCUUCCAUUGUCAUUGAUAAAAGGGACUCUACUCCCGAGAGGUUACUCACAAAUAUUCAGGUAUCGGUUGAGCCAUUAGUUUUGGGAAUCUCGUUAAGAGAUAUCCGAUUGGCAAUGUUGGUGUUUAAUAGAGUAAUGUCACAAAUGAACGGUCCUCAGGAGCAACAAACUACGGAUGAUAGCAAGUCAACCUAUGGAAUGUUCUCCAAAGAGUUUGAAAAAAAACUUUCGAAGUAUGCACCAAGUUUUGUAUCAUCAUUAAAUGCUGCUACAAGUCGCGAUGUAGGUUCUAAUACGGACUCAGAUGUAACAUUGAGAGGAGAGAGAUUGAAUGCUGACUUUGGUGGCUUGAGGUUGUUCUUGAUUGGUGACGUUCAUGAAAUGCCCAUUUUAGACAUGAACGUGGCAGCAUUUCAGGCGUCUGUGAAAGAUUGGUCCACAGAUAUAGAUGCAUUGGCGUCACUUGAGGCGUAUGUGAAUGUUUUUAACUACUCUCGAUCAAGUUGGGAGCCACUAGUAGAAUCUUUUCCAAUUUCGUUUCAUUUAUCCAAAGGCAGCGGUAGAGAAGAGCCUAAGAUGGCAUUUGACGUGGUUUCAAGGAAGACCGCCGAGGUAACGUUUUCUUCCCGAUCUAUAGCUAUGCUGUCCCAAAUUCCAAGUACUUUGACUGGCGAUAUCCCGCUAAAACCCAGAGGUGCUCUAAAACCAUACAGGAUCGUGAAUGAUACGGGACUUGAUCUUGACGUAUGGAUCGUCACUCGACAGGCAGAAGAAAAAAAAGGUUUGAUGCACCUAAAAGCGGGCACGACCAUACCCUGGGAGUUUGAGGACUGGAGGCGUGUGAGAGAAAGUCUUGACAGAGGUAGCAAUGAUACCAUCUUGGCUGCAGCAAUACCACAUAUGAAGUACAAAUCAAUCAUGCAAGUCGACGCCACACAUGAGGGGGAGCUUAUGUUUACUUUAGAACCAUCUAUCAAAGAUGUGCACAACCGCAUUGUUUGUGUAUUGGAAUUAGGAGAAGAUAAUGUUAAGACAAUUACAUUCCGUUCUUCUUUAUUAUUGGAGAAUACAACUUCUACUGCAAUCCAAUUUAUGAUUGCAUCUGACAAAGAUGAGGCUCCUCUCAUUUAUGAAAUCCAGCCAAAAGAAAAACGCUCAGUCCCGGUUGAGUAUGCCUAUAAUUCUCGUCUGAAAAUCAGGCCUGUACUAGAUGAUUACGUUUGGUCAAAGAAGACGAUUGACUGGCGCGAUUUACUAGCAGCUUCCCUGUCGCUGGAGUGCAAUUCAGAUCGUGAAAAUAGUGGAAUUUUUUACCUGGAGGUAAAUGGCAAGUUCGAUAAGAAAGAGCCACUUGCAAAGAUUUACCCUCAUAUGACUCUGGUCAUUUCUUCCCCGCUGAUAAUACAGAACUUUCUACCUUGUAAUCUCAAGUUUUGCCUCUUCGAUAAGAGAGAGGAAAAUAGAAAAGCGCGAACGCUAGGGAAGGGCUGUAACGUGGAAAUACAUGAUGUAUCUCUAGAUAAUUUUCUCCUUCUGAGUAUUCAGCCACUCGUAGACGAUGCGUCUUUGUCGAAACCUGCUAUUGUCAACACAGCUAGGAGUAGUGUGCUUAAACCGGAGAUGAAAAUUUCGUGUCAGUUAGCGGGAGGUCAAAUAUUUAAGGCCUCUCUCCAUUAUGAAGGUAUCGAGGGGACCCGAGCCAAAAUUAUUAAAAUUUCUGCGCCGUACAUUGUAUUGAACAGCACGGACAGAGAUCUUUAUAUACAAGGUGAUUACAAUAAUGUUGCCCAAGUGAAAGUACAGAUGACGGAUGACAAUCGUUAUACAAUUCCUAGAAUGUUUUCUUUCGAAGAUAAUGGAGGGAACAAAAAUCGGGCCCGUAUUAGAUUCAAAGAAUCUGAGUGGAGUUCGCCUUUAUCUUUCGAUGCCAUCGGUCAAGCACUUGAUACAAUAGUAAAUAUUCCAAACAAAGAGCAAGAAUCCAAUAUGGGAAUUACAAUCAAGGAAGGAGAAGGAAUCUAUGCCUUCAGCAAAAUCGUUGAGAUUGCUCCACGCUAUAUCAUACAAAACUGUUUAGCAGAUCCUGUUGAAAUUUGCGAGCACGGCUCGACUAACGUUUUAAACCUUGAACCAAAUGCGUCUGUUCCGUUAUACAAAAUGAGAAAUAUCGUGAACAAGCAACUUAUGAUCAAGUUUUUGGGUUCCGGCUCAGAGUGGUCGGCACCUUUUUUUAUCAAAGAUAUUGGACUGAAUUUCGUUAAAGUUUUGAAGCAAAGUUCAGGCCACGUAUUGUUAAAAGUCGAGAUUAUUCUUGAAAAUGCAACUGUUUUCGUAAGAUUAAAAGAUGCUCAAAAUCGCUGGCCGUACUCUAUAAGAAAUUUCAGUGAUGAGGAGUUUGUAUUCUACCAAAGAGAUCCGCGUGUUGUUGAUGAUUACUAUGAUUAUGAGCCCGAAGAUGAUUUAAGCGAAGUAGAAUACAAACCGUUGUAUUACCGUGUUCCCCCAAAAAGUGUCAUGCCUUACGCAUGGGAUUAUCCAGCUGCAAUACAGAAGAAGCUAAUACUAACAGCCCGAGGUCGUAGAAGGGAGAUUCAGUUAGCACAGAUUGGUAAUUUAAAACCAAUGCGCUUGCCUGCUAGACUCUCGAAUGAAACACCACGCACAGUUGAUUUGAACGUGAUCGCCGACGGUGUUACCCAAGCAAUGGUGAUCACCAACUACAAUCCGGAUGUUAGUCUUUAUAAACUAAGGACAAGAAAUAAUUCAUCCUCUUUAUCAGUUGACAGCAGUAGUGCAGAUGGAUUUGAGGUCAAUGAAGAAGACAAAAAUAUUCAUAAUCGAGUCGUAAUUUCUUUUAAAGGUGUCGGUAUUUCAUUAGUAAACACAUCGCUGGAGGAAAUUAUGUAUGUCCAUGCCACUGGCUUAGAAUUUAGAUACAAUGAGUCAGAUUUGUAUCAGACAGUGAGUUGGAAACUAAGAUGGCUACAAGUUGAUAACCAAUUAUUUGGAAGUCCCUUUCAAAAUAUUUUAUACCCGGUAGCGGUCCCACAUACACCACAAGAAAUUGAAAACCAUCCUGUCGUUUCUGGCUCGCUUUCUAAGCUGAGGGAUGAUUCGCAUGGUUUGAUAUAUUUCAAGCAUGCCACACUAUUAUUGCAAGAGCUUUCGAUUCAAUUAGAUGACGAUCUCAUACUAGCGGUGUUGGAUUUCGUCAAGUUCCCCGGUUCGUCGUGGACUGAUUCAUCAACCGAAUUCGAUAAUAUAGAUGAGGUAACUCUACCCGAAUGUCAGGAUGUAAAACUAGCUGAUGACAUGUAUUUCGAAGUAUUCCAUGUUCAACCUAUGAUGCUCCAUUUAUCAUUUGUAAGAUCAGACCAACAUCAGCUUUUAUCGAAGGAAAAGAAUGGAUCGCCUGUCGCACGAAGGGGAGCUGUCUUAUUUUUGGUUGAUAUUAUAACAAUGACCUUGGCAAAUGUCAACGAUGCUCCAAUCAAACUCAAUUCUUUGUAUAUGGCAAAUGUCAGAGUUCCGUUAAGUUCGCUUUUGCAGGCCGUUCAGACACAUUAUGGACAACAAUUCUUUUAUCAAGUCCAUAAAAUUAUUGGCUCCGCUGACUUCUUAGGUAACCCUGUGGGAUUGUUUAAUACUAUUAGCUCAGGGGUGUGGGAUAUUUUCUAUGAGCCAUAUCAGGGCUAUAUGAUGAAUGACAGACCACAAGAAUUGGGAAUUAAUCUAGCCAGAGGCGGAUUAAGCUUUGCUAAAAAAACCGUCUUUGGGAUAUCUGAUAGUAUGGCAAAGUUCACUGGAUCAAUGGCAAAGGGGCUAUCUGUAACACAGGGCUCACAAUUCCAAGAACAAAGAAGAUUGCAGCGCAGAUUGAACACAAAUAGUAGGAAUAUCCUGUCAUCGUCAGCGCAAACAUUCGCCAACACUAUUGGCAGCGGCUUAUCAGGCGUAGCACUGGAUCCCGUUGCCGGUGCCCAAAGAGAAGGCACGGCAGGGUUUUUGAAGGGUCUUGGAAGAGGUUUGAUCGGAUUGCCUGCCAAGACUGCAAUUGGUGUUUUGGAUUUGACAAGCAGUUUGAGUCAAGGUGUUAGAAGCACAACGACAGCGCUAGACGGACCCUCGGCAUCAAGAUUUAGACUUCCGAGAUACGUCGGCUAUGAGGACAAGAUCUUGAAACCAUUCGAUUUGAGAGAGUCGCAAGGCCAAUACUGGCUGAAAGUCGUCAGCGGUGGUCUCUACAUGCACGACAGCUACCUAACUCACGUCGUGCUGCCUGGCAAAGAGCUGGUCGUUAUAGUCUCCAUGGAGCGCAUCAUCGAGUUGAAUUUGUCUUCCAUGGAGACCAUGUGGGAGACGACUUAUCGCAAAAUACAGGGAAUCGUGCUACAAAAGGGCGGUAUACAUAUCAAAUUGAAGACGCAAUCGGAGUUCUUCAUCCCGAUCAGUGACCCGCAAGAGAGAAGAAAGAUGUACAAACACAUCGCUUUCGCAGUUACAGAAUACAACAAGUAUUGUGAGGCAACGCUUUGA